ACCCAACGUGUCUCUUCUGGAUUACCCAUUCACCUGAUCGUGUCACGAUUGCUGAUUGAUCCCUACUCUUGCAACAGUCCCGACCAUGCAGCCAACUAUGCAAGCCAUUGCAAUAAUUCUUCUUCUAGAUGUUCUACCUACCAACUGCCAGGAUGCAAUACCAAGUCAUAUUAGUAAAUCAAUUAGAUCUCGUUGUGGCCCGUGUCCACCUGGUUCACAGCCUGACUGCAAAAACAAGCGCCCGGGAGAAAGCCAAGCAAGCAGUGGUUGCUCUAAGUGUCAAUUGGGUGAGUUUUCACCAGGCAGUUUUGAAGCCUGUCGUGAGUGCUCCACAUGCCCACCAGGUCAGGGUGCAACAAAUUGGUGUCCACUUUGGAAUACAAAUGACACCAAAUGUCGUCCUUGUACAAAUGGCAAGACAUAUUCUGAUUCUAAUGAUACGAAUUCUUGCAAUCAAUGCAGUGAGUGUACUACCACAGUUCUAAAGUCAUGUACCAUCUACCAUGAUAUUCAGUGUAGUAAUAUUUGUCCACGAGGCAAAUAUUGGCAUAGAGAUUCGGAAACAUGCAUGGAAACUGGACAUUCGACUAAAGUACACGUUAAUGUCAUUAUUGCUGCUGCUGUAGUGACACCUGUGGUCGUCAUUUUAAUAUUUGUGGCUGUAAUUUUCUUGUACAAACUAAGACGAUCAAGGCAACCUCGGUCACUGCCUCAGAGUGAACUGGGAAAAAUCCUCACAUAUGCGAGUCUUGUCAAAGAGCUGCCCAUGACUCUAAAAAAGAAAUUGUCCAUGGCAUUUAUGGAGCACGGCAGCAAGGUCUAUUACAAAACAUUUGAACUUGAAUUUGGGUUCUCAGACUCAGAGAUGUCUGAGCUCUUCCUGUAUUGUCAACAGUCUCAGAUUAUUCAGUUUGCUACAAAAUUCUUUGAGGUUGUUGAGAGACAGGAACUGGCCACAACACUAUCCGAUCUAUGCAGUUUAUUGGCUAAGCGUAGAAGGCCAGAUCUCAUCACAAAACUCAAAGACUGGGGUAAAGAAGAAGGCCUGGAUGUCCAAAUUAACGAAGAAGACUUCACUGAGGAAGAUGAUCCAUCACUACCAAGGGCCAACUCAACGUCGUCAAAUGAAGACGACUUACUUCUUCCAGGAAGUCCACCAAGUCAAAGAUCGACAUAAUUAUAAAAUGAAAUGUGGUGGCUUGUUUGCUAUGGAUACUUCUACUGAAGCUAUUUAAAACAGCCGUACGAGAUACAUAUACUUUACACAGUCUGGCAGGUGUACAGUAAAUUGCACAACUUCAGAGUUUCUUACUAAAUUUUUCCAUACUGCUGUUUUUACUCUAAUCUUUUUUAAAGAUUCUGGUUGUUUCUUAAUACAAAUAAAUAAUUUCAC